AUGCCUAGAGAAAUCAUCACCGUGCAAGCUGGGCAGUGCGGUAAUAGCAUCGGUAGCCAAUUUUGGCAACAGCUCUGCCAGGAACAUGGCAUAAGCCAAGAUGGAAAUUUGGAGGAGUUCGCGACCGAGGGCGGGGAUCGAAAGGAUGUAUUCUUCUACCAGUCUGAUGACACGCGAUAUAUUCCCCGGGCGAUAUUAAUAGAUUUGGAGCCCCGUGUCCUUAAUGGCAUUCAAACCGGACCGUACAAGAACAUAUACAACCCGGAAAAUUUCUUUGUGGGAAAUAACGGAGCAGGGGCUGCAAACAACUGGGGGGAUGGCUAUCAGACUGGAGAGGUGGUCCAUGAGGAAAUUAUGGAAAUGAUCGAUCGAGAAGCAGAUGGCAGUGAUUCUCUAGAGGGCUUUAUGAUGCUCCACUCUAUAGCCGGAGGGACCGGAUCUGGUCUGGGCUCCUUCCUCCUCGAAAGACUUAAUGACCGAUUUCCGAAGAAAAUUAUCCAAACAUACUCGGUUUUCCCAGACACAACGAACUCAGGGGAUGUCGUCGUUCAUCCUUAUAACAGCUUGCUAUCCAUGCGAAGGUUGACACAAAACGCGGACUCUGUGGUAGUGCUGGAUAAUGGAGCUUUGUCUCGAAUCGCGGCCGACCGGUUACAUGUCCAGGCACCAUCAUUCCAACAAACCAACCAACUAGUAUCUACAGUAAUGUCAGCUAGUACAACUACUCUUCGAUAUCCCGGCUACAUGAACAACGACCUGGUUAGCAUUCUUGCUUCGCUCAUUCCAACUCCUCGAUGCCACUUCCUCAUGACAUCCUACACACCGUUUACAGGGGACAGUGUUGAGCAAGCGAAGACUGUUCGUAAGACGACUGUCCUAGAUGUGAUGCGUCGCCUUCUUCAACCGAAAAAUCGGAUGGUAUCCACCAUUCCUGGAAAGAAAAGCUGCUACAUCUCAAUUUUAAAUGUGAUUCAAGGAGAUGUAGACCAUACAGAUGUUCAUAAGAGCCUGCUCCGAAUUAGAGAGCGGAAACUUGCAACGUUCAUUCCUUGGGGUCCAGCAAGUAUCCAGGUGGCAUUAACCAAAAAGAGUCCUUAUAUCCCAAUGAACCAUAGAGUUAGUGGUCUUAUGUUGGCAAAUCAUACCAGCAUAGCUACGCUUUUCAAGCGGAUUGUUGGAAAAUAUAAUACUAUGCGAAAACACAAUGCAUUUAUAGAAGGCUACAAGAAAACUGCCCCAUUUUCCGAUAACCUCAAUGAAUUCGAUGAGGCGAAAGAAGUUGUGACGGAUCUGAUUGCAGAAUACGAGGCUGCGGAGGAAGCUGAUUAUAUGAAUCCUGAUGCCGCUGCAUCAGCACCGGCCGGAGAGACAGGAGACAAAAGGGCGCCAUGA